AUGGGCCAGAAAAAGAUGUUGGCACAUCCUGAGCAAUUUUCGAGACUCAUUGAUGGUCCCGAACGGAUCAGAGAGAGUGUUCAGAUUUCCAAACCCAUCACCGGUUGCCCUGACGGCAUCACCAAAACAGUUUGGGAUGUGCUGACUCGUAGUGCUCAACUCAAUCCGAAUGGUCAACUUUUUGGAGAAUCUGUAAACGGAAGACACGUUUACACCACCUACCGAGAAGGCGUCGAGCAAGCCACGAUCAUCGGAUCCGCAAUUUUGGCAAUCAUGACGAAAUUGCAUUCAACCAACAAGUUGAUCGGAAUCGCUGGAAUUCAUUCGAGAAAUUACAUGCAUACUAUGCAUGGAAUUUCUGGAUUCGACUUGACUACAGUACCCCUCUACCAUCAGUCCAAGCUGGAGACUUUGUGCGACAUCAUCGACAACUGCAAACUGGAAAUCAUCUUCUGUGAAAACGCAAAACGUGCCGAGGGCUUUCUAUCGUCCAAAACUCCAGAACGUCUUCAAUCAAUGAAGACAUUGAUUAUUCUGGACCAUUCGACGACUUCUCAGAAGCACGAUGAAGUCGAAAUUCUUAGUUUCGACGAGUUCAAAGAGAUCGGAAAGAGAAAUAAGAGAAAUCCAAUAAAACCAAAACCUGAGACAAUUUAUGUGAUUUGCCACACAAGCGGAACAACAGGACGACCAAAAGGAGUCGAAAUGUCCCAUGGAAGUCUUCUGGCUGCUGUCUCCGGAAUCUUCACUUCCUGGACCAUCGCCUAUAAAUGGAAGUUCGGUCAAGAAGACACCUACUUCAGUUUCCUGAGCUUAGCCCACAUCUACGAACACCUAAUGCAGACUUUGGCUAUUUAUUUCGGAGGAAAAAUUGGGAUCUACAACGGAAAUGCUGCCACCUUGAUACCACAGAUUCAGGCUCUUCAGCCUACGAUUGUUUCAUUGGUGCCACGUUUAUUGAACAAGUUGUAUGAAGCUGUGCACAAUGGAGUCGCCAAAAAGGGGUUUAUCGCGAGAAAACUGUUCGAGUAUGCUAAGAAGGUGAGCUUUGGGAAUUGGGCUGUAACAACCAAAGCUCGCCAACUCCAGAACGGCGUGCUCCGCUACGACACAUUCUUCGACAAAAUCGUUUUCAAGAAGCUCAAACUAAUGUUAGGUGGCAAAAUCAAAGUGCUAACAACAGGAGGUGCUCCAGUGACCAAAGAAGUCAAGACUUUCACUCGAUAUGCCUACGGAUGUCCAUUGGUCGAAGGAUACGGCCAAACAGAAUGCAGUGCAGCUGGCACAUUGACUCUUCCAUGGGACACCACUUACGGAAAUGUUGGUGGACCAGCUCCAUGGUCCCAAGUGAAGCUUGUCGAUGUUCCUGAAAAAAAUUAUUUGGCGAUGAAUGAUGAGGGAGAGGUGUGCUUCAAGGGAGCAGCACUGAUGACUGGAUACUUCCAGGAUCCAGAACUGACCGCCAAGACUAUUGAUUCGGAAGGUUGGCUUCACACUGGAGACAUUGGAAAAUGGCUUCCAACGGGUGCCCUCCAAAUCAUUGACCGCAAAAACGAAAUGUUCAAACUCUGUCAAGGAGAUUUUGUCUCACCAAUCCAAAUUGAGGCAAUUUACGCAAACUCUCCACUGAUUACUCAAAUUUACGUCACUGGAAACACCGAACGCUCUUUCUUGGUGGGAAUUGUGGUUCUAGACUUGCCACGUUUCAAACAGCUUCCUCCUGUGAAGACAUUGGAAGGAAAGGGAAAAGUUAUUGAGGUGAUAAUAGAGAAGAAGGAAGUUAAGGAUGCAGUGAUUCUGGAAUUGAACAAAUACGCAAAGGAAAAUGGAUUACAGACUAUUGAGCUGAUUCGAAAUGUGCAUUUGACACUGCAGGAAUUCAGCGAAGAAAACGGACUCGUGACCUCCACAUUGAAAAAUCGUCGUAAGAUUUUGGAAGACUACUUUGCACCACAAAUUGCAAAGAUGUACAAGGAGAUCGAGUCGCUGUGA